AUGAUUAGUGACCUUACAGAUGUAUACAAAAAUGAUCAAUUAAUUUCAGACUCAAUUGAAAGAUGCUUGGUCACAUCAGGCACCACAGAGAAUGAUGAUCCCAACAUAAAAGAAGAAGCUAAGUUAUUGGAGAAAGAUUCAGUGGUUGAUGAGAUGCAACCAGAAGAAGUUCAACCAAAAAUUGAACUCAAAAUUCUCCCAUCUCAUUUAAAGUAUGAUUAUCUGGAGCAAGAAUUAUUUCCAAUAAUUAUUUCAUCUUCUUUGACUGCAGAACAGGAAGAUAGUUUGAUUGAAGUACUACGAGCACAUAAAGGAGCCUUAGGGUGGACUGCAGCCGACAUCAAAGGGAUUAAUCUAGCUAUUUGUACACACAGAAUCCUCAUGGAAGAUAGCUACAAACCAAUGAUCCAACCUCAAAGGAGAUUGAUUCCUGCAAUGCAAGAAGUGGUGGUACCAAAAAAAGGAGGCAUGACUGUCAUAAAAAAUGAAAAUAAUGGACUCAUACCUACAAGAACUGUUACAGGAUGGAGAGUCUAUAUUGAUUACAGACGUCCUAAUGAUGCAACCAGAAAGGAUCAUUUUUCUUUACCUUUUAUUGAUCAAAUGUUGGAAAGAGUAGCAGGAUAUAAGUUUUAUAAUUUUCUUGAUAGAUAUUCAGGUUAUAAUCAGAUACCAAUUGCACCGGAAGAUAAGGAUAAAACAACUUUCAGAUGUCCCCGUGGAACAUAUGCCUACAGGAGAAUGCCAUUUGGUUUGUGCAAUGCACCUGCCACAUUUCAACGCUGCAUGUCUGCAAUUUUUUCGGACAUGCAUGAAAAGUUUUUGGAGAUUUUUAUGGAUGAUUUCACACUUUUUGGAAAAACAUUUGAAGAUUGUUUUCACCAUUUGACCCUAGUUCUUAAAAGAUGUGAAGAGACAAACUUAACUCUUAAUUGGAAAAAUGUCAUUUUAUGGUUACUGAGGGAAUUGUUUUAG